AUGCGCCUCUUGGAGAUAGCAGUGGUGGCGCUGACCAACGGCGUCAGUGCAGUCAAACAGACAGAGCACGACAAGCUGGCAGCUCGGGGGCUUGCCAACCUCAAGGCCGAUAUCGCUGAGAAUGGCUACCCCAAUCCAGGGAAAUGCACAAUGGAGAACGCUGCAAUCCGAAAGGAGUCUCAACUCUCCAAACCGGAGAGACGAAACUACAUCGAUGCUAUAAAAUGCCUUCACUCCAAGCCUACCCUUACACCAGUUACAGUUGCUUCGGGGGCAAGGAGCCGCUUCGAUGACUUUGUAGUCACACAUGUCUUGCAGACCUAUUCAGUCCACGGGACCGCCAACUUUCUGUCCUGGCACCGCUACUACAUCUGGGCCUAUGAACAACUACUGCGCAACGAAUGCGGCUACCAAGGCUAUCUCCCAUACUACAACUGGGCGUGGUGGUCCAAAGACCCAUCCAAAUCGCCCCUUUUUGAUGGCAGCGACACCAGCAUAUCUGACGGUGGAGCGUACGUGCCGAACCGGAACUACUCGUGUACUCCGUCUCAAGACAGGUGUUUUAUCAAGCUUCCCCCAGGAAGCGGCGGAGGCUGUGUUUCCGGGCCGCUUGCCAACUGGACUGUUUCGCUUGGCCCAAUCCAGACCAAAGCAGAGGGCAUCAAACCCAAUCCUCAAGCCGACGGCCUCGGGUACAACCCCAGGUGUCUCAACCGCGACCUGAACAAAGUCUCUGCCUACGCUUCAAGAGAUGAGGUCAUCACCGAGCUCAUCACGACCAGCAACGAAGUCGGCACGUUCCAGAACCGCUUGCAAGGCGACUUUGCAAACGGGUACCUGGGCGUGCACAGCGCAGGGCACUACACGGUUGGCGGGGACGCCGGUUCCGAUUUCUUCAACGCCCCUUCUGACCCCUCCUUCUACUUCCACCACGCCAUGGUCGACCGCACAUGGUGGAUCUGGCAGAACCAAGAUGUCGCUGCGCGCCGCGCCCAAGUCGCCGGCACAAUCACGUUUUUGGAUCAGCCGCCCAGCCGCAAUGGCACGCUGCAGGAUACACUGACGCUUGGACCCAUGCUGCAGGACGCGUUUGAGAACAUCACCAUGGCGGAUGCGAUGAGUACGCUUGGAGGCCCGUUUUGCUAUAUUUAUGCUUAG